GGGGAGUCUGCGUCACAAUCUCCUAAGUCUCGCGGGCGCCUGAGACCUCAACAGCGCCGCUGGUGUAGUGGUAUCAUGCAAGAUUCCCAUUCUUGCGACCCGGGUUCGAUUCCCGGGCGGCGCACAGUGGCUUUUUUUUUUUGGCUUCUCCCCUUUUCGAAGGAGGCCUCUGGCGCUCCGCGGAGAGCCCCCGAGGAAAACAGCCCGGGGCUGGGCGAGCGAGACGAAUAAGCGCUGUCAACCGCGGCGGGCGUCCUGAAGACUCCAGGACGGGCAAGCGACCUUAGGGUGUCGCCGGGGUGGGUGGGUGACCGCGGCGGCGCGCCGCCCCCUGGGAGUUGUAGUCCGGAGUGGCCGGGGGUCAGGCCACACCUCCCGGCGGGACCCUCACCGCGCGGCCCCUUGGGAACUGUAGUCCGGAGCGGCCAGGCCGCCUCUCCCGACGCGCCUCUGGCGGGGCCCAGAACGCGGCGCGCGGCCCCCUGGGAAUUGUAGUCCGGAAGGGCCAGGGGCCAGGCCGCACUUCCCAGAGGGCAGCGGCGCCGCGAUGCUGGUGGCGGCGGCCGCCGAGCGCAACAAGGAGCCCAUCCUGCGCGUCCUGCGGCAGUACGUGGACCCGGCCCAGCGCGGCGUCCGCGUGCUCGAGGUGGCCUCGGGCUCCGGCCAGCACGCGGCCCACUUCGCGCGGGCCUUCCCCCACGCCGAGUGGCAGCCGUCCGACGUGGACCAGCGCUGCCUGGACAGCAUCGCGGCCACCGCGCAGGCCCAGGGGCUGUCCAAUGUGAAGGCCCCGCUGUUCCUGGACGUGACCUGGCCCUGGGAGCGGUGGGGCGGGAUCCCGCCGCGCUCGCUGGACCUGCUGCUCUGCAUCAACAUGGUGCACAUCAGCCCCCUGAGCUGCACAGAGGGGCUCUUCGAGGCCGCGGGUCACCUGCUCAAGCCCAGGGCGCUGCUGGUCACCUAUGGGCCCUACGCGGUCAACGGGAAGAUCUCGCCCCAGAGCAACGUGGAUUUCGACCUGACGCUCAGAUGCAGGAACCCAGAGUGGGGGCUGCGGGACACGGCGCUGCUGGAGGCCUUGGGCCGGGCCAGCGGCCUGCUUCUGGAGCGCAUGGUGGACAUGCCGGCCAACAACAAGUGCCUGAUUUUUCGGAAAGAGUGACCCGUCCUCUUGCCUACCGGGCCCCCACGCGGCUUCCUUUGGGACCCACCGCGACCACCAGCCCCUGCCCUCCGGGGACCCCUGGCCCGGCCCCGCCUGGGGGCUCCCGGGUGGGCGGCCACGGGGCCACCGAGAGCCUGGGAAUAAAGCGUUUG